AUGGAAGGACGCCAAAAGACACGAAGGGAUGUGGCAAGACAACAGACGAAAUGGAGCUGGACAGUUUUUUCGCUCUGAUGGAUCGUCAUGGAUAGGAGAGUGGAGAGACGAUUUGCUGCACGGACAAGCUCAACUCAUCUCGAAAGACGGUGUACAUAUAAGAGAGGGAAAGUGGGAAAAUGGGAAAGAGAUCGGACCGCCUCGCAAGUCAUAACGCUGUGCCUACGGAGGAAACGCUUGCAAGUCAGUGGUAGUAACAACAGUCGGCUAGACAGAAACUUUGCGGAUAUUCAACUGAGGACGCUUCAUUUCUAUGCUGUAUGUGUAUUUUUGAAAACCUUCGUUUUUGAGCUCUUGGCGCUCUCUUUUUUACGGCGCAUGAGAUGACUUUGAAAAUGCCAAUAAACAAGAAUGCUCUCAAGUUCUCGACUGCCUGUGGAACUAUCUCACUCGACACUUGUACAACUAGUGACAAUGUAAAGGACACUUUAUUCUCGAGCGAAUUAAAUUUUUUGAUUCGAAGGGACACAGACUACAUCUAGAGAGUUACACUCAUUAUUUGUCAGGUCAUCGUUUACGUUUAAAUCGUUCCACUCGAUUCGACUCAUCCCGCCUCGCCCCUCAGCCGCAUUAGACUUCUUUAUUUCCAGGACUUCAAAAACAAAAAAAAUGAAACGAAGAAAAGUAAGAAGUCUUCCUUUCUUUUUAUGCACUGAAACAAAGUUGUAGGAAAGGAAAGAAAAAAAGCAACAGAAUGAAUAAAAGGAGAACGGUAACACUCAUGUCACGGCUUUCCAGUCAGCUGUAUCUCACAGCUUUCCUCGUUCCACGAGGCGAAACUUUGUUCAUUGCGAAGAAUAUUAUACAUAGUAACGAUUACCUGCAAGGCACAUGGAGGACCAUGCUAGCAGAGUGCGAUAUCGAUCGAGUACUGCUGAAGCGACAGCGAGCGGACCGCAAUCCGCCACUCCCAUUUCAAUUUGAUUUCCCGAGUAAGUGCAUACUCGCAGUGAUGGGCCGAAGGGUGGGCGAGGAGGAGCAAUUGCCCACCCUCAAACUAAACAUUUGCGUUCUGCUCAAGGGGGUAAAAGCACCACUUCACCACUUCAUUUCACUUCACUUCAUCUAGGUAAAACGCUGCUGAAACGGUCGAAACAAUAAAAAAUCACUUCAAGUUAAGCGGAAGUGGUGAAAUGGUACUUUCCCUCCCUUGCUUCCC